GCCGCACAGCACUCAUGGAAAACGCAACUUGUGCAGCGUCCGGUGCGCCACCACCACAGGGACCAGAGGACGCUGCCACACUACAAAUCCCGUGCUCGGCUGCACCAGAUCAACCGCACGUACUGAUCGAUGCUACCCACAGCUAGUGUCUGAUCAAGCUCAUCAUUUCCAAGAAGCCGAGAUCCAGGCCAGCCGAUCGAGCACUAGCGACAACACACAUCCAUCAACGUACAGCUAUGGCGCGGCCGGCGGCGUGGACUCCGCCUGCUCUGUCGCUCGCGGUCGCCGUCCUCUGCCUCGUCGGCCGGUCCACCUCCGCGGAGUUCUGGCUCGACGAGUUCACCACGGACGGCGACGUCCGCAAAGACUACGACGGUUCUGGCCGGCAGGUGGCGUCGCUGGUCCUCGACCAGAGUUCUGGCGCUGGCUUCAACUCCACCCGCAAGUACCUCUUCGGCGAGUUCAGCGUCGAGAUGAAGCUCGUCGCCGGCAACUCCGCCGGCACUGUCACCUCCUUCUACCUGACGUCCGGCGAGGGCGACGAGCACGACGAGAUCGACAUGGAGUUCAUGGGCAACUCCAGCGGGUCGCCGACGGUGCUCAACACCAACGUGUGGGCCAGCGGCGACGGCAAGAAGGAGCACCAGUUCUACCUGUGGUUCGACCCGGCCGCCGACUUCCACAAGUACAAGAUCACCUGGAACGACAAGAACAUCAUCUUCCAGGUGGACGACGUGACGGUGCGCGUCUUCAAGCGCUACGCCGACCUGCCGUACCCGAGCUCCAAGCCCAUGGCGGUGCACGCCACGCUGUGGGACGGCAGCUACUGGGCCACCGAGAAGGGCAAGGUGCCCAUCGACUGGUCCCGCGCGCCCUUCGUCGUCUCCUACCGAGCAUACACGGCCAACGCCUGCGCCGUCGGCGGCGGCGGCGGGGGCUCGUCGUCGUCGUGCCCCGACGCCGCCGGUGGGAACGAGUGGAUGGACAGGCAGCCCGACGACACCGACCGGCUCACCGUGGAGUGGGCGCGCCGGAACUGCUUGCAGUACAACUACUGCGAGGACGGGUGGCGCUUCCCGCAGGGGUUCCCCGGCGAGUGCGCCCGCAACUGAUGAUCCAAUCCAUGCAUCUGCUCCCGAUCGAAGUCUCGCCGGCGGCGGCCGGCCUCAUCCGAUCCGUUCCUUACUGCAGAUAUUAUAUUAGGCAUAUAUUCCAGUACGUAUUUAUUCUUUUCUUGUAAUUCUUUUGUACGUACGCACAUCGUGUCGUCUGACUUACAAAGAGCCGCUAGCCCAGCAGCGUGCGUCCUGGAUCUGGAUGCAGGUGGCUGCUGGUUGGUGUAGUAGUUCUGUGAUUUCUGAAAAGAAGAAGGAUCAUUUUUGAUGGUUUAUUAGUCGUCCUGUAAAAUCUCCUUACAGAAACUGAGGAAUAAACGUCAGAAUUCAUAAA